GAGUCGAACGUCAUGUUUCUGACACAACUUGCUUCGUCUGCUGGUGUGGUAGCUCUUCCCUCAAAUCAGCAUGGACCCUCCUCGAGGGGACUCCACCCUCCCACUAUCGCCUACCAACACUGGACCCCAUCGGAAGCGUCCGAAGCCACCUCCCAUCACUUCGUUGGGCAUCCCACGUAAAUCAUCAGCUGCUGGAGGAAGACCUAAAUCACAGUCAAAUCCUCACACUCAUGCCAUUCGCAAGGGUUCCAUUUCCGGACUCUCCUCUACUGGUGCUCCAAAGGUUCAAAGGACAACCAAGACUUCACACAAACUAGUCGUUCUUCCUGAAGCGCCUCAGACCAAAGCUUUUCCAGGCUCUGAUGAAGACCAAACACUGGGCUACGAGACCGAUGCCGGGAUUCGGGUCAAAGAGUACAAGAACGAAGGAGAGAAAAUGACCGUUGAACAGAGGAAAAAAGCUGGUUUCAAGAGAAUCACCGCGUAUUGUGUGGCGGAGACUCUAAAAAUGAAACUGCUAGCGUCGUUUCUAAAAAGGGAGCAUAAUGUGGUUCCGAGAGUGUACGAUGAGGCUCUGUACGUGAUGUAUCACCUGCCGCUUCUCCCUGGUUAUGGACCCGAAUCUAACAUUCGCUCCUCUGCUCCCCCAAAAACUGAUGAUGGAAAGUCGAUAUUGAAUAAACUUUCAGAGGCAGAAGAAAAUGGCUACCAGGGUACCUACUUUGCACAAAACGAUCCUGAGCGUCAGUCCGCUCACCAUGACGGAUAUCUCACUUCCUCCCCCAUCGAUUCCCGAAGUAUCCCGAUUGCUACGCCUACAACGCCGUACUACGCAACCUCGUCAGAGACAGAAGCAGAGAAUUAUGUAUCUGCUUCCGAUGCCGAGGCUGGUGUUUCCGAAAGCGUCCCUGAGAACGACUCAAGCCCGUUGUUGGUUGGUACUCUAGGAGUUCACGAUCAAGAAGCUAUUUCUCCGCCAGAACCCGAGACAGCUAACAACUCGAACUCACCUCCUGACAAUGUCAAUGAGACUGCCGAAGCUGUUUUCUUCGAGUACGGCGUCGUUGUCUUCUUUGGGUUGACAGAAAUCCAAGAGAAAAGCAUUUUGGAAGAUGUGCAUAACGCUGGAAUAGUGAAGCGGAGGUUCCCUGAAGCUGACUGGGAAGUGGAAGAAUGUCAUUUCACACACGAUCCAAACAUUGCUUACCCCCGGAUUUACAAUGAUUUCUUUACACUCAAAUCACGCUCUCACCUCCUCAAACUCUCCAUCGCUCAUGCUCUCGCCCAGUCCACUCUUCUAGCCCACUUCGAGUCCAACGCACAACGUGUCUUAUCUUCCCCCGAAACAUUCUCUAUACCCAAACAACUCGCAGCCAAAGGCGCUUUACAACUCAAACGCAGAGAAGCGUUGAAAUUGACGGGCAGGCUGUUCAAGUUACGGAGAGAUAUCAAUUUGGUAUCUAAUGUGCUAGAUGUGCCAGAGUUGUUCUGGGAUGAGGCGAGUUUGAAGAAGUUAUAUGAUGCUGUGAGGGAGUAUAUGGAGAUAGGCCCGAGGGUACAGGUUUUGAAUGAGAAAUUGGUUAUGGCGAGUGAUUUUCUGGACGCUAUACAUGACCAUUUGAAUAAUUCUGCGAUGGAGCGUAUCACGUGGAUUAUCAUAUGGUUGAUUGUCGUAGCUUGUCUAGUCGAACUGGGGGAAGUUAUAGCCCGUCUAGUUGUGCAUGCUACCACCAAAUCGAGCGCUAGUGUUACCCAGUUAUCGAGGGAGGAUGCACUUAAGGUUUUGGAAGGCAUGAUCAAUAGUUAAUGGGAUCCGAGGAUAGUGAUUCUGGUCGAAUUGUGUAUCUAUAGUUCAGUGCGAUUAUUUCUACUUCCAGUCAAUGAUGG